AUGGCUGAAGCAGAAUCAUCUGUGCUUGAAACUUCUGGAAAAGAGUGUGUGGUGUUGCCAACCCAGUUGGUGAUGACUGUCACUUCUUGUCCUCUCCCAUCUGCCAUUAGGGAGCACCUGAGGUUCCACUACAGCUGGGGGUGCCACUGUGACAACCGUUACCAACAGCUACACAGCCUUUAUCAUCCCUCCUGCUACAGCUAUGGCUCCACAGUGUAUGGAAAUGGGCCCGGUCCUCUGUGUGUGUCUGAGACCCCUGAACCGCUAGCUGGAGCAGGGGCCAUUCCAGAGGAAAUCACAGCCCCCGCUGAAAACCAAGCUGAAGACCUUCUAAGAGACCCAAACCUUCCUUUGAACAUUGAAGAAUCAAACAAGGAGUUCAUGGCAGAAAGUGAAGAGCUGUAUGACUCCCUGAUGAACUGCCGCUGGCAGCCUCUGGACACUGUUCUGUGUAGCAGCCCAGAGGAGCCCCCCCAGUGUGAAGCAAGUAUGCGCGAUGCCCUCCAACUGCCAUGUUAA